GCCUGCGCAAGACACACCUUUGUCACGUGAGGCCGGGCAGGGGGCGGGGCCGGCGAAUGCCCGUCCGGACCCGUCGCGCCUCCCCUGUUAGCUCCCUGCCAGCCGAGGCGGGGCGAACCUCUGCCCUGUUGCGUGGGAGUGACUCACAGCUCCCGCCCCUUUUGGCUCCGCUUUCUCGCGGCCAGUCCCUCGCACCACGUGCCCUCCUGGCCUCGCCCCCAGCUGCCCUUUCCAACUGCCUGUUGGAAGCCGCUGUAAAAUGUCGUGAGGAGCGCCGCUGCUUUACGGCUGCCUCUCCCAGACAAGAGCCCCGGAGCGCCCACCGCCGUCAGCCGCGUCUUCAAGCUAGUCGGCCCCGCGGAGAGCGAGAGACCCUGCGCACCGCAGCCCUCUCCGCUGCGCCCAUUCCUGCCGCCGGCGAUGUAACUUGGGGAGGCAGCGGUGCCCGCUGGCCCGGGGUUGAGACAGGCGGCAGGUGCCUGUGAGGCGGGCGGGUGCCGGGGGCCAGCAGGAUGGAGGAAAGCAUGGAAGAGGAGGAGGGGGGCAGCUACGAGGCGAUGAUGGACGACCAGAACCACAACAACUGGGAGGCUGCGGUGGACGGCUUCCGGCAGCCCCUGCCACCUCCGCCGCCCCCCUCGUCGAUCCCGGCCCCUGCCCGAGAGCCUCCGGGGGGGCAGCUGCUGGCGGUGCCCGCGGUCUCCGUGGACAGGAAAGGCCCCAAGGAGGGGCUCCCGAUGGGGCCGCCGCCACCGCCGGAGGCUAACGGGGUGAUCAUGAUGUUGAAGAGCUGCGACGCGGCCGCCGCCGUGGCCAAGGCGGCCCCCGCCCCCACCGCCAGCUCCACCAUCAACAUCAACACCUCCACCUCCAAGUUCUUAAUGAAUGUUAUAACUAUUGAAGAUUAUAAGAGCACAUACUGGCCAAAAUUGGAUGGUGCCAUAGAUCAACUUUUAACUCAGAGUCCUGGUGACUAUAUCCCCAUAUCCUAUGAACAGAUAUACAGUUGUGUGUAUAAAUGUGUAUGCCAGCAGCACUCGGAACAGAUGUAUAGUGAUCUGAUUAAAAAGAUAACUAAUCACUUAGAGAGAGUCUCGAAGGAGCUGCAGGCCAGCCCUCCAGAUCUCUAUAUUGAAAGAUUUAAUAUAGCUCUUGGACAAUAUAUGGGAGCAUUGCAGAGCAUUGUGCCUCUUUUCAUAUAUAUGAAUAAGUUUUACAUCGAAACCAAGCUUAACAGAGACUUAAAAGAUGACCUUAUAAAGCUGUUUACGGAACAUGUUGCAGAAAAGCACAUUUACAGCCUAAUGCCUUUACUUUUAGAAGCCCAGUCAACACCAUUUCAGGUCACACCUUCAACUAUGGCAAAUAUUGUGAAAGGCCUGUAUACCCUCAGACCAGAGUGGGUUCAGAUGGCUCCAACUCUAUUUUCUAAAUUUAUUCCAAACAUUCUCCCUCCGGCGGUGGAAUCUGAACUUUCUGAAUAUGCUGCUCAAGAUCAGAAAUUUCAAAGAGAACUUAUACAGAAUGGUUUUACAAGGGGUGACCAGUCCCGGAAGAGAGCUGGGGAUGAGUUGGCUUAUAAUAGCUCGUCAGCAUGUGCAAGUUCCAGGGGGUACAGAUAGUGAAUGUAUUGAAUAUGCUUUCCUUCCUGAAAAGAGGACACACUGGAGCUGCAGAGACUGUAUUCAGAGCACAGUGGGGGCUGCACACACUCAGGAGCUCUGUCACAAAGCUGUUCAUGGAAGAGGAUGUUGGACUUCUUACUUGGUUUGUAAUUUUAAAACAAAAACUAAAAAAAACAAAAAAAACGUUGCUGCUAGACUUGGGGGUGAUUUUGAAAUGGGACAAUCUUUUAAUGAGUUUAUCUACAGAUUCUGUGAGGAAAAAGCAUCUCAGAAAGUGACCAUUUCUAAGUGAAAUCUGACAGCCAAAAUCAGCAGCUUCCUCCAAAAAUAUAAGAGCAGAAGAAUUUUUUUUUUUAAGCACUUGUUUUGUUCAUUUGUGGACUUGGCAUUUUGGUGUAUUGGUUUCACAUGUCAGGAUCUCUUUUGCUUUAAAACCAAGCAGAUCAUUACAGUACAGUAUUUUUCACCCACAACCAAAACAACCCCUUUUAAAAGAGUUGGUCUUUGUUUAGCAUUAGAAAGUCUUGUUAAAGGAAAAUGCUAACUCUGCUUUUGCUAGAACUUUCCCCCAUCAGUUCACAACUUUUUUCUACUCUGUGCCUUGAGCUUUGUGCACUUUGCAACUGUGUGACCAUGUUGUCAAACUCCUCCUGGAGAAGUGUAUGGUAUCUAAACUCACCCACCAAGAUGGCAGGUGUGGCCCUGUAGCAGGAUGCUAAUUAAGUGGGAAAAUAGAAACCUUUUGCACAUUGGUCGGAUUUUCCCCUGGUUCACCAGAGCAUAUUCAUGUUAAUGUUGGGGACCAACUCUCCUAGAGCAUUUCCAUUCCCUGUGCCACUUAACACGAUGUUUGUCACCAGCUGCUAUAGUAUUGGCAGUACUCUAGUUUAGGGAUGGGCGGUACUUUAGCACAGAAGCUUCCCUUAGUAUUACUGAGAGCUACUUCCUGUGAUGCUCUAGGAAGCAGAUACAGUUAUUAAGUCCAAAUACACUCAGUGGUGUGGGGUUCCUGAUCACUUCAUUUUAAAUGAAUGAGAUAAUUACUUAAAAAAAGUCUGUCAUUUGAACAUUAUAUUUGAGUGUGAUAGGGAAGAAGUAGCACUGCUGUCCUAAGGCUCCCUUCCAGCUGUGGCAAAGCUAUAUUUCUGUUUCUCCACAUCCACAGUGCUUUUUAGUCCUUCAUAAAAGUUUCUGAAGCUUAUUCUAGCUGUUGUUGAAAGCCCAAGAAAAAUAGAUGUGGCAAGGGAAAAAUACUUUUCUUCUCAAUUUUGCUUGAAUCUUAAUUGAGCAUAGGCUUCUCUACUAGGCGACAUCAGACUAAUAGUAUUUACCUCUUCAGAGAACUUGAGGGGAAAAGAAACAUCCCAGGGAUGCUGUCGCAUGUCUGCUCUGCAGGUUCUUCAUACAGCUGCCUCUGCCAAUUCAGUUUGUUAUUUUUUGGGGGGAGUGGUGUGGGUGGGAGAGUUAGAAGUGGGAUAUUGGGAGCAAGUAAGUCACCCAAUAAUUGAAGUCCUUGAUUUGUAAAACUGUUAUGCAGAGAAGUAAAGAUAAAGGUUGUCAGAUUUAUUUUUUAAAGUACUUAACCAGAGUUGGUGGAUUUUGUGGACUUUAAUUGGACUCAGUUCACUCUGUGAGCAUCCUGGAUUGCAUCGAUGAACACUGAAUUACUGUAAGAACGUAGACAGGCUCUCACUAUGACCUGGACAGUUUAAGUUGCUACACUGGUAACAUUCUAGUAUCAAGGAGAAUUCCAUUCAUCAUGACAUUCACAUUUUACUUUUCUCAAUGGAAUGCUUGCUUCAGGCUUACCAGUCACACCUAGAACUGAAGUCUGAGUGGUAUUAAUAAUUUUUCUGAAAGGAAUAAAAUUGGAAUGUUUCUUUAAAUGUGGAAAAAUUCUUCAGUAUCCUAAUAAUAUACCCAAAUGCUUUUUCUGGGAGAGAGCAUUCUUUUACAAAAGAACUUUCCCUAUAAAAGCAUCACAGUAUAAUGUGAAUUGGCAUUAAAAUCUUUGGAUGCUUUUGCAUUAUUAAGUUCAUGGAGAAAUAUUUUAUAUUCUUUUUACUAUGUAUGUAUUAAUAAAAAGUGGGCAAAGUAAAGUUUGCAAAAUUUAGUUUCUCUAAAUUUUUGCACAGUGACUGCAGCUGGCUAUGGGUCAGCGCUUAAUACAACAAAACCUUGACUGGAAGUCACUAUAGAAAGGUUGUACAUAGUCUCCCAGUCUACAUGUCCUGGCUGUUAAUCAUCUUGGCCCCUUGAGGCACAUCACAGUAUGAAGGACCUGUUUAAGUUGAAAUAGACUUUGCUUAUUUAUUGGGAUUCUAAAAAAUUCUGAGUUUGCAGUAUGAGAGGAAAUAAGAUUUCCUCCUCCUUCCUCUCAUUUUAUAUUGACUGUUUGCCAGAAACUGUUUUCUUCGGUUUUCUUAUAUUUUGUUUUUGAGAUGGAGUCUCACUCUGUCACCCAGGCCGGAGUGCAGUGGUGCGAUCUCAGCUCACUGCAACCUCUGCCUCCUGGGUUCAAGUGAUUCUCCUGCCUCGGCCUCCUGAGUAGCUGGGAUUACAGGCACGUGCCACUACGCCCGGCUACUUUUUGUAUUUUGUUUUUAGUAGAGACGGGGUUUCACCAUGUUGGUCAGGCUGGUCUUGAACUCCUGACCUCAAGUGAUCCACCCGUCUCGGCCUCCCAAAGUGCUGGGAUUAUAGGUGUGAGCCACCGCACCUGGCCUUUUUUUUUUUUUUUUUGUAUUCUUGCCAGUACAGUAUAUGGUUUUUCUACCCCAAUUACAUACUGGCUUUUGUACCACAUCACUAAAGGCCCAAAUCAUUGAAGAUAGAAAACUGUACAUGCAGGCUGGUUGUCUGGUUAGUCAAUGGCUGAUUUGCUUCAACUGUCUAGUAUGUAUGUGCAGCCUGAAACUGGCUCCUUAAAAGGAAAGCCGGGUCAGUCAUCUUGGAAAAAAUGACAUGUAAAAGUAAAUCGAUAAUUGUUUUGAGAGACGGUACAUGUUUUAAAGGUUGGCCUUAAGCUUCAGUAACAUUGUCAUUUUGUGACCUUUUGUUGUCACACCUGUACCCUAACCUGACAGGAAUUAACUACUGUUUUUUUUGUGGGGCAGAAAGCAAAACCUGGUGUUGUGACUUUUAUCCUAAUGGUUCUUAGGCAAGGUUAGUGAGAAGAAACAGAAACCCAGAUGCAUGCAUUAUGCAUUAUUUUGUAGACAAGCUACUUUUCUUCUGUCCCUUUAACAAAUUUGCAGCAAUUACCCUCCCUUUGGGGUCUAGAGUGAAAGCUAAUUUGUGGGUACAUGAGAUUGCAGAAGAAUGGAUGUCCAUGGCUGUGAACACUGCACACUGCACAUCCAUCUCCAGUGCUCACACUGUGCAGCUACCACUCCCUGGCUGCGUGCCAUGCUGUCGGGUUGCAGAUUUGCACACAUAAAUUCCUCAGGAAGAGUUUGCAUGAGCAUCACCUCGCAAUAUUCUGUACUGACCAAACAAGGGAUUUGAACGUUUUUCAGCACAAAAGGAUAACUUCCGAGUGGUGGUCUGUACGCAUACUAGCAAAGGUAAUGGUGAUCUAGCAAACAAAAUUGGUUUCUGCAGUUGGAAGUGAGCAGGAGCACUUGUAUUAUAGUAUUUAAAUAAUCCUGGUUAAUCUCUUUUUAAGCUGAGUAACCCCUCCAGAUUUUGCCUUUUUAUUAUUGAGGCUGGCUUUAUUUUCUUCUACUUUUUUUCCCGUUUUAUAGCAGUUAAUUAUUUUUGUGAUUAUUAUGCAAGAAGCAUUGCCCUCGAGUUAAAAUGUUAUUGUUUCAUAAGCAGCUAUUAAAAUAAGUGAGCAUUGUUUUAUGAACAUACACUAAUCUGAGAUACUGAAAAGCUUUGCAACUAAAAAGCAAAACAACCUACAUUAGUCAUCUAGCCAUUGUUUGGAUGUUUUGAGUUGAUUUUUUAUGGUGCCUCUUUUAGCUUGGAAUAUUACGUUUACUUUAAUCCAAGUCUAGGCCUUUUAAAGGGUCCUUAAAAUUAAAGUUCAGAAUGUGAAUCCCUUUGACAUCUAUUACAGGUUUAUAGGACCUUUUUGGUUGUGAUUACUGUUUUCAAUACGAUUGUAUAAAUGAGGUUAACUUUGUCAGAAGUUAAAAUGGAGGUCAUAGGAGUUCCUGGAGAAAUGGCUCUCCUGUUUCUUUCAUUACCCCAUUGAAGUUCACCCCAGUUUCUGGCCACAAGAAUAUGAGAAAGGAACCCUGUUGUUUUCCAAGGGAAAUUAUUCCUCUCUGUCCCCACUGUUGAUUAACUAAAGUCCCGGACACCUUCCUUCCUCCACUGGCCAAGACCCACCUUGACCCACCUUGAACCUCUUUUCAGAGCCGAGUGGCAUGAAUAUGUGUACUGUUUCUGCUUCUGUUGAUGGAGUGGCUGUGGGAGAAUUAAAGGAAAUGCUAAUUUGAGCUUCAUUCAUAGGGGAACCUACUAUAUAUUGCAUCCCUGCUGGUUGGAAAUUAUCUUCAUCUCUGGACUGCAUUGUUUAGAAAAAUGUUAAUGGCUUACAAUUCUGAGAACUUUAUCUUGUGGCUCUGGGGUUAAGAAUUCUGUGGUUUGAAAAAAAAUAAAUAUUUUGUAUUGAUUCUUAAGUCAUUUCAAUGUUGUGACUAUGUACUAAAUGCAGUAAGACUGGGUAUUCUCUUAGAAGAGUGCGUUUUGUUAAACAGAUGGCAGUUCACUCUCAUUAGUUCUAUUUGUCAAUAUUACAGCCACACACUUCAGGAUAACUUACUCAAAUGUGAAGUCAUGGGAAGCUAUGGCUAGUAACAGGAAUGCUUAUGAAAAAUUUGGAGGGCAAGCACGGGCAAGAGGCUUUUGCCACUCACUAGCACAGCCAGAGCAAGGAUGAAGCAAUGAAGUCUUGUUCCUAGUGGUGCUUGUUUGUCAGAAGCCAUAGUGAGCUCAGCACAGGGCGUUCUGCACAUCAUCUCUUUAAUCCAAGAAAAACAAAAUGGCGGAUGAAACUCCUAUUGACCUGGGGUACAAAGCCACUGACUUUGGCUCUUGAUCUUUUGGUGGGUUCUGAAUCACUCCUUCUGUAUUAGGGCAUAUACUAUCACUCUAAAACAUUGUGGUAAAUGAAAUAAAUCUUGUACAGAUGUC